UAGUUGACAACAGCAAUUGUGGGGCAGUGAGUGCAACUAGCCGACACUACACAGCAGUGAAGUGAACAGAAGACAGCGGGUAAACAUUUAGCUUAGCAAAUAUAUGUGGUCUAAUGUGUCGUGCAUAACCAAGGCUAGGUGUUCACAGGAGUAACCACAGCAUGCACUCUGGAUGCUUCAUGUCAUUUUAUUACAGCCAAGUACACUGUAUAUGACAAAGAUUUGAAGGCAGAUGUGGAUUGACUGAAACUUUGUAAUCAAUUUCCCAGUACAUCCAUGUGUAUAAUUUUCUUCAAGUUUGACCCCCGGCCAGCAUCCAAAAAUGCCUACAGGCUAAUUUUGGCUGCAAAUAGAGAUGAGGUCUACAACAGACCGUCCAAAGCUGCAGACUUCUGGGGGACCAACAGUGAGAUUCUCAGCGGCCUGGACCUGGAAUGUGGCAGGGAAGGAGGGUCAUGGCUGGGGAUCAGCAAGCGGGGCAAGCUGGCUGCAAUCACCAACUACAUGGAAGGACGACUCAACCCUGAUGCACCAGGAAGAGGAUUUCUAGUGUCCAACUACCUUACGGACAAAGAUCUGGACAGCUACGCUUACCUAAAGAAGGUGUCGACAGAAAGCCACCUGUACAACGGCUUCAACCUCAUCACAGCAGAGUUCAAAGCCAAACAAGACAUUGUGUGUUACUAUGGAAACAGAGGCAGCCCUGAACCCAUCCAUCUAAAACCAGCAGGAAUCUAUGGCUUGAGUAAUUCGUUGCUGGACACUCCGUGGAAGAAACUGCUUCAAGGCAAGCGCCACUUCACCAGCAUUGUCAACAAUCAGUCCCUGUCCUGCGAUGGACUGGUGCAAGAGCUGCUCACCGUUCUCAAUAAUGAGGAACUGAAUGCACCUGAUCCAGCUCAGGAGAACCAGGGUAACUAUCUCAGCAAGCCCAUGAUCCAGGCUCAGUCAGCGGUGUGUGUUCGCACCCCUGAUUAUGGCACAAGGACCAAUACAGUUAUCCUGAUAGACGCAGAAGGUAAUGUGACCUUCACAGAGCGCAACAUGUCAAACUGUGGCAGCACGAGCAAGUGGAGCACCAGUUCUUUCCAGUUCAAACUGCAAGUGUGAAGACAUGAUGGAGGAAACCAACUCUGUGCCUUUCUGCAUCACCUUUCCUCCGAUCACCCCCUCUUCCUCCUCCUCUUCUUCUCCUCCUCAGCUGCAUUCCUCGCAGCUAUGUGAACAUGAAGACUCGUCUGCACUUUUUCUUCACCUAGUCUCAACUAGCUGCCUCAUAAACAUCAGCGAUAUGUAUUUCUACUUCUUGAUUUAAGUUAUAAUGAUGCAUAUUUCGAAAGUGUGUGCUAAUUUAAAAGACUGCCAAAGAACAUUUAUAAUUUUGUAGAGGAAACGUUUGUCACCUACAUUCAAUUUCACAGAAGAGCAGGGUUGGGUUGCCUCCUCCAUUACAGACUGCUAGCUUUAAAAUGCAAUUAAUGCUUUGGUGCACAAAAAUUAUUUUCACGCAGUCGAAUUUAUUCUCGUUCACUUCGGGGUGAAUAUACAUUUGAUGCACAAUUUUGCAGCCUGCAUUUUGAAAUGAUAACCUAUUUUACACAAUGGGAAGUGAUUGGGUCACCAGUACUUUCUAGAGAAUGUAUCAUCUGAUUAAGCUUCAAAGUAAUUGUCAUGGAUUAGAGUUACCAGCUGAUUGUUAAUUUUAUGACUGUAACGCUGUUACAGGUAAUCAAUUAGUAAGGCCCCAACCAUGCACAACAGUAGCUUCCGUGUAUAUUACAGCAGAUAGUAACAGUUUCAGGCACUGGAUCUCUGACCACUAUCAUGGUAGAAUAAUGCAUUUUACAACUCCUUGACAAUAAAAACAGUUCAUCCAAACACUCA